UUACACUGGAUAAGUGUGCGUCUGUUUAGUUGACUUACUGAAGAGUCUGCACGUAGCCAGACUGUUAACACCUGGGUCUCCAUUCAGUCUAUUUUUAAGCUUCACAAUUUAGAUUUGUUGUGUACCAAAGUUAUGAACAUCAAGCAUCUAAUGCAUAUCCUGUGGCUGUGAUGCGCUGAAGUCAUGACAGACAAUAAGGAACAGGACACAGAGAUCCACCCCUUGAAAAGUGAGGAGGGGGUAUCGCCAGCUUCGCCUGCCAAGAAAGGGGUCUGUGUGGGGGGCUUGGGGCUGUCUCACCUAUCAAGCUGGCGCACUGCUGCCUUCUUCCUCUCCCUCUUCCUCUGUCUCACCAUCGUCUUUGCCUUCUCCUUCAUCAUCCCCUGCCCUGUGCGUCCUGUCUCUCAGCAUACCUGGAGCAACACAUAUGGAGAUUCAUCAACAUAUACAUUUCUGGCUGUAACGGAUGCAAAUAAUGACAAAGUUAUGGAUGUCAUUUUUGCCUUCAGGGGCUCCAGUGGCAGUCUGAAUGCAUCUUGCAGUGAUGAAGGGUUCUCCUCUCCGUGUUCCUUCCUGGUCGCAGUCACGGGCACCAACGGCAGUGUCCUGUGGGAGCGGGCGCUCAGUCAGGAGCUGCUGUGGGCGCAGUGUGGGAUCGAGAAGCUGGGCGGGCUGGAGGCUGCCGGGUGUCUGGUGUUCCAGUCACAACUCCUGACAGCCAUUGAUUCCCAGAGUGGGGUAACUUUGUGGCAAAACAACAAUACACUGGAGCUGAAGCAGCCGGCUGUGACGAUACCAGACCUGGACGAGGAUGAAGUGGGGGAUGUGGCUCUGAUUGGGGCUGCUGGAGACAAGACAAAGGUGGUUAUUGUUUCAGGACAAACUGGCCGGCAGAUUGGUAUCGAUACAGACCCUGGGAUCAGUGGUGUGUUGGGCCACGUGAUUCAUGUCACCAGCAGUGGGUCUUACUACCUUCUGUUUAAAAAAGACUCUGCUGUUUAUGGAUACGCUUUGAAGAAUAUCAUUGCCAUGGCAAUCAAAACGCCCCAGAGUAACAUUAAACUACAGCAGGAUCCCAAGUGGGAGGAAAUGACCAACAGCACCUCUGGAAGCGUGCCAGUUUACAAUUUGGGCUCUGUUCAGCACCUGUUGAAAAUGGUGAUCCAGGGGAAGACUCCAGAGAACCUGCUAGUGGUGACUGGACACUGGGUGGAGCUGAUAGACGGACAGAGCCUGAGCUCCCUGUGGAGGGUCAACAUCACCAAUGUUAUCAGUGAACCGGUAUUUGGAAACUUCAAUAAGGACGGUGUUCCAGAUGUUAUGGUUGAAGACGAAAUUGGAAACGGUACAAAAAAGGUGGUGAUUCUGGAUGGCAGCUCUGGAGCGGUGUUGUGGGAGGUGAAGCUGAUGUCCAGCUCAACAAGCCCAAAGCCUUCUACAGUGAACACUACAGACUACAGGUCUGCCUUCCUCUUCUGGGGGGAGGUCCGUGGCGAGACGUACACAACUGUAUCAUUGAAUCAGCAGCAUUUUUUGUACCUGCUUCAUCCUUCCUAUCCCAAAGUCCUUUUGGAGCUGAACAACAGCACUGAGAAUAUAGCAGCAUUCAAAGCGGUCCUCUUUGAGAAGAGCAGGCAUGCUUGUUACAUGCUGCUGACCGGGCCUACGGAGCACUCGCAAACGGGUAGCGUGUCGCUCGCCAAGCGCAAGCUGAAGGAGGACGUCGCUCGCAGCAGGGUGGUGCGGCUGAGCCAGGAGGAAGGGUUCAGUGACCAGGAGAUCAGAGACGGCUUCUUCAAGCUGCGGUACAGCAGCAGCGCCUAGAGCAUUGCACACCCAUCAAGCCCGAACACGAACAGCACAAAACCAAAACACUCUGCGUCUUUCCAUGUCUCUGUGGACGAGCGCAUUCUCACAUGGAAAUGUUUUGGAAGAAGACGGCAGUGUUUUUUUGUUUGUCCCCCCCCCCCCCCCCCCCCCCCCACCGUGUGGCAUUUUCCAUUUUAACACAGCAAGUGUUGAAUAAGCGCAACAGUGUAUGUCAGGGCUAGAUAACUCCACUCCAGGGUUAAUACACUAUAGGGUUAGACCUGUAAGACCUGGUCUGGUGGGUGGGUGGGUGGUUGCAUUUAUUGAUUAAGAACACGUUGAAAGACCUAGGCUGGAAGGGCUAUGAUUGCCUAAACCUGGCAUUUGGUAACACUCAGUGUUAUUUACAUUAGUGACAUGCCAGUUUCACAUGCAGUUACUUAAGAAUGGCACAUGUAUAAUGUAACUGCAGUGUAAUUACUGCCACAGAAAGAUUCGACAAAAUGUCUAACCUGAAUUUAGAUUAACAGUCAGAAUCUGAGUAGUCUGACGUUUGUGCUUUUCAAAUUACGAUGCCUUUUAAUAUAUCUUUCUUUUUCAUUUGAAUUUAUGGUGCAUAACUCGCCUGUUUCUGAAUAUUGGAGACCAAAGGGUUUUUUUUUUUUGUUUGUUUUUUUUAUGUUUUUCAAAUACCAAUAUACAUCUUAAUUGAGCGUUUUGCUUUUGGGAGGUUAUUAAAUAGUUAAAAAGCAAUGUUAGAAGGGGCACCUUGGUGAAUAAGCUUGAAUCAUUGUUUAUUUCUUCUGCUCGUGUCCAUGGAGUUUUAGAUACUUUCUUUAAAGAAGCAAGCUGGGUAAGCUUAAAGAGCACAUUUUGAACCAUGUAUGAUUACCCCUCUAAUUGCAGAGCAUACAUUGGACAACUCAAGGCCACAUAGUUUGCUGCUGUGGACAAAAAUGUAGCAUUACUGUGACGUGAAGCAUUACAAACCAAGCAUUAAAUCUAAAGAUUUCCAAUAUACACACCUUCCAAAUACAAAAAUGCAUAGAGCAGUAGGCAAUGUAGUGCAGAAGUAAGAGGCAUUACAAUUUUUUUUUUCCUUCAAUAUUUUGAGUCAUUCUUUAAUUGCAUUCUGAUCUAUUUAUUGAUUUCAAAGUUUUCUCCAGUUUUGUUAAUUUUGAUCUCAAAUGACUUGGAUAAGUGAAUGUAAAACACAUAUUGCUAGCUGUGAUUUACUCUGCAUAUUAUAUAGGUACAAUAUGGCACAGGUUUGACCUGCAGAGUUUCAAGUAAGAACAGUGAGGAUGUGUCUGUGUUCAUUACACAGCUCUGUGGUUUUCUGUGUUUACUUACUGUAUUUGGACAGGAUGCCACAAUCUAAUAUGGGAAGUAUUAUGUCCCCGUCCUAUUUCCCUGAAACACAGUGGUUCUGAAAAGAAAUGCUUUGUGGGUUGUUAGUUCGGUUAAAUAUAAUAUACUGUAAUAUUUAAAAGCUCUUUUGAAAGUUAAAUGUUUUAAAUUAUUUUAAUAUCACUGUUUGGCUGAUUUAGGUUUUGCCCAGUUUGGUAUGGGGAGACUCUAUCUAGUGGCAGGCUUGGUUUUAUUUCCAGUCACACUGGAUCCAGCCCAGAAUAAUCCAGUGGAAAGCUGUUGUUUUUAUUAUGAAUAAAGUAACAGUAAUGCAAAAUGCUAAUGACUUAUUCAUUUGAGUAGAACAUGGCAGAAAUUGUAUUUUUAUCCAAAUUUUUCCAACCAGUAGAUAAUUUAAAGGUUUAACUUGGUGCUGUUUUAGUUUCAUUAUUGAAACAGGUUCACUGUUACUAUAGCACGUUUGUGUGUGCCAUUUUGACUUUUAUCUUUCGGCAAAAUCCUUUUAGCUGUGUGAAAGGGUGCAAAAGCUGUCUUGCAGUUUAUGCUAUACAGUACAUCCAAUAGGAAUGAGUACAAAAAUACAAUACCUGGGAAAGAUUGGCACUGCAGUCCCCCUGUUCAUAUACACUGGUUCAAAUGAUUAAGGGAUAUUCAGAGAUGUGCAGAGCAUGCAUGUGUAUACAGGCAUCACACAGAAUAUUGCAAUAUAGAGAGUGUGCAGUUGAGAAUCCCUUUACCAGCAUAGACUUAUGUUUUGAUAUAUUUGUAAAUUUAGCUGGAUGUGGGGCAUCAGUCCAGGAUUAUGAUAAUGUGUUUUGUACACCAAUGAAUUGUUUGGAGCAGCGUACCUAUAGCCCUGCUUGGUUCUGGAGGUUUAACUGGGAGCGUGACCGAGUGGUACAGCCAGGUAUAUGGACUGUUGUCAUCUUUGCUGUGCCUUUUGUUUAUUAUGCUGGUAUUACUGUGUGGGUUUGAUUUUUGUAUUGUAAUACCAAGCAAUUAAAGUUGUACAUUUUUCUGUGCUUUUUUUUUGUAUUAAUUAAAAAAAAAAAUCACUUGUUUGAAAUAAACCUUUUUACCCUU